AUAACCGGGGGACUGGCCGGGGUUCAACCCUCCGGUCCCCCCUGUUCUAUUUCUAAUUCAGCAAGGCAUGGGAGGUGUGUCCCGGCAGAGGUCCCACCACUCCCAGGAGUUGCAGGAACCGGCUGCAUUCAGGGAAUAAUUUUUAUUGUGUUAUGGAGAUCCUGCCUUUCACUCCCCUCCAAAUUCUGCUUGCUAGCUGGCCCGCGGUUGUGCGGGCGGGACUGCGGUGUGCCCACGGCGCCUGUAACAGCACAGGGGACGCGUCACAAUGGGGGAUGGAUAUGAGGGUGCCAGCAGGCAGCAUUGGCACAGGCCUGCCUGAGGCAGCAGUGAGUGCGCGCGUAGGGGGGAGGCUGGGCUGGAGAAGGGCAGGGGCAGAAACGUGGGCCCCUGGGGGUGGGUGCUCACCCUGCAUCGAAACCCUAGCUGCGAGCGCCUUGGGCAGGGCACGCUGCUGCUGGCACCGGGCCUGGGCGCAGGCCUUGCUGCCCCCCAGCUGCCUCGUUCCCUCUCCUGCCUGUCAGCAGCUCUCUGCGCCUCCUGUCUGCGCUUCCCCCGCCACCAGCUCCCUUCCUCCUUCCCUCCCUCCCAGUCCCACUGAACUCCUUCUUUCUCCUGCAGGCCAUGGGUCUCGCAAAGCUCUUACUCUGGUUUCUGGAAGGCAUAUUCUCGAACGUGCACAUGGUCGGUGAUGAGCUGGAUGAAGCCACACGUGAACUCAUGCAGCAGCAUUUGGAGAUGCUUAUCGAGGAGAUGGCUCGGAUGUUGCAGGAGCUGGAGCAGCAGCAGGUCGAGGAGCUGAAGAGAAUACAGCAAAAUGGUGUGACCUGGAGUGGCCUGCUCUCUGCUGACUUGUGGAACUGGACGUUCUGGGUGACCGCUGGCUUCCUGCUCCUCCUGAUUGUGGGGCUCUGGUGCUGCUUUAGCAAAAGAAGCCCUGAGGUGGGCAGCAGCAUCAGCAGUGAAGAGGAGGAAGACAGUGAAGAAGAUGCCUCUAGUGCCGAAGAUUUGAACACGUACAUUGCAAGGCGCAAUGAGUGGUCAGAGAACGAACUGUGGGACCAGAGCGAGUGGGUGCUUGCAGUGGUGGAAAACCUCCUCUUUGCUUGCCAAGGGUCCAUUUCCUUGUCAAAGGGUUUCUUGCCGGAGCUGGGACCAGCCAUGGGAGUGGGCAGCGCCUUUGAUUGCUGGAGUCCCCAGGACGACGAGCCUGUCUACCGUUUCCUCGUGCCCCUGACACCCCCCCGUGGCCACACCUUCCGCCUGGAGCCAGGCACCGUGGCAAAGGAGUCCCGCAUCCGUGUGGAGCUGGAGUGCAUGUGCACUGCUCAGCAGACGGUGGGGGGCAUGCGGUGCUUCCUUCACAACCCCAAGGAGCAGCUCAGGAAGAAGCAGAAGCCCAGCCUCCUGCACACCCUCUGCACCAGCUCCUGUCUAGAUGCGCAGAAAACUGCGCGCUGGUUCCAGGAUUUGGUGAGGGAAAACAAGGCAAUCUUGCGUCUGUUACGUUCACGUUACUGCCUUCUGACCGUGCUGCCCUCCAGACGCUCCUGCAAAGUGGAAAUUGAGCAUAUCUCUGGGAUAACCAUGCUCAUUGAGAUGAACUUUGCCGUGCAGCUGGACAACUCAGACAUCUUCAUGAGCAGCCAGGCGAGAGAGGGUGUCUUCAGCCCAAGCACAACGUGGACACUGACCUGCGCCUGGGCAGAGGCAAAGUUCUUGUGGCUGAUGUUCGAUCAGACCCCAGAUGACACCUUGCUCAGCUGCCUGCAUCUCUGCAACCGCAUGCUGGCGGGCACAGGCUUUUCCCGCUAUGCCUUGAAGACAGUGGUGAUGCACCUCCUCACCACCACACCCCUGUCAGGCUGGCGCAGCACACAUUUCCUGCAGCGGCUGAGUGACAUCACGAGGUACCUGCACCGCUGCUUGGAGGAGAAUCGCCUCAACCACUUCUUCUUUGGGAAUGAGAAGGUUCCUGAGGAGAUCGUCUUGCCCCCAGCCUUGGAAAGAGCCGAGCCAUUCAACCUCUUCCAGCAUCUGGCGCAGGAUCCGGCUGCCCACGAGCAGGCAAUGCGUGAGUUCAAGGAGCUGCAACAUCGGCUUACAGCACAGCUCUUCUUCUAGGGGCACUGAAAGUGGUCUUCAUGCAGAGAACCGUGUUUGCAGAGUUCACAGCUGAGGACAGAUGAGGACCACCUCAUGCAGGAGGGAGAUGACGGACAGAGUGCAGGCUGCUGCAAGGAAAGGAAGAACCUCGUGCAGUGGACCUCUGCCGAGAGCAGCAGCAUUCUCUUCUGGAUGGUUUUGAGAUAGCAGCCGUUGAAGACUACAGCGGCGACAAAGAUGACUUUCCCCGUGCUUCCUUCUCUCACUGGCUGCGGCCAGAAUGGCAUUUCACAUGGGCCAAACUCUUGGUGGCAGCUCUGGCUGUGCAGGCACCAAGCGAGAGGCACCGCUGAUGUGCCCCUGUGUGUUCACCGGGGUCUGGACGGAGAAUCUACGCAUGCUGGACCCUCCCCGGGGAGCUGGUGCCCCAGAACUGAGCACGCUGGGCACGGAGAACACGCUGCUCUAUCGGCAGUGGGAAUUCCUGCCUCACCUUUCUUCCACAGCAAAAGCACGCUCUGGGGAGUGGGACCCAGAUGCAGCUGAAGAGCCCACUGGAAAGGAGCCUGGCAACAGUGACUCCUGUUGCUACCUGGACAGUGAGCUCCUCCCUCUUUGACAGGGCCCAUUCCCUCUGGGAGCUUUCUCUUGUGCAAAGAUACCAAUAAAUCUCUCAUGUUACACCCAAAGAAGCACAGCUGCUAUGAGGGUGUGGGCUGUGGAAAGGGCGCUGCUUGAUGGUCAGGCUAACGGGGGAUGUGCUUGAUGGUCAGCUCCACAGAAUCACAGAAUCAUCGAAUCAACAGUAA